AUGCACGGGGCUGUUAUCCCGGUCCCCAAAUCUCCCAUCUUUCUGCCUGAACCCGCAGUGCUGCGGGCUCCCUCCGUGUCACCGGUGGGGCGGGAGUGCCCUGUGCCAAGCUGCACUCCUGCCGGUGCCCUGCCAAGCACCGCAAGCCCUGCCGUGCCGAGGAGUGCUGCUCUGGACUUUGGAGAGGAUAACGAUGCAGAUGAUGAAGGAGAAAUAUGGUACAACCCGAUCCCUGAAGACGAUGAGCUCGACUUGCCGAGGGUCCACCCUUCUGCUGUGAAUAGCCCUGUUGCUGUGGGCUCCCCAAUGGCUCGGUACAAACCCCACCCUGGGGGUGACUUGGGGAUGGCCGUGGGUCCCCACGAGGGUCCCCCACGCUUCGUGGAGAGCGCAGCAGACAGUCGGACGGCUCAGCCCAGUGAAGUGAGUCAGGCGGAUGCCGUGCAUCCUGGGGAGCACGGGCAGCAGCACCGGCAGAGGUUUGCCUGCAAGGCUCCCGCUGUGCCAGCAGCAGAGGACAACCCUGCCUUUAAGUACCUUUCAACAGGGUCUGGAGUUGGGCUUGCACACAAGGCUGAUAUUCCCACGACAGAAGUUUCUCCUCCAAGUCCCAGUCCUCUGAAAAAAAGUGGAUCCAUCAACUGGCCUUUCCCUGACAGAAUUAAAUCUCCCAGGACUGUGAGGAAGCUUUCCAUGAAGAUGAAGAAGCUGCCAGAGCUGAGCAGGAAGCUGAGUGUCAAGGGAACUUCAAGCCAUAGCAGUUCAGAGAACCCCACCUCCCUGCUGAAGGGGAGCUGCCGGGAUGCAAGCCAUGCUGUGUCCUUGCCCUCGUCUGGAAGCUCAGCCACAGCUGCCAGCAGAAACGUGAUAAGUCGUUACCACCUUGACAGCAGCGUGUCAUCACAACACACCUACAAAAAGAAGAGCUCGAGGAGCUCCAAGUCCUUCAGCAAAGGUGGUUACCUCAGUGACGGCGACUCUCCCGAACUUAUAGCAAAGUCAGGUAAACAUGGGCAUGACGUUAAGUGUGGGAAAGGAAAGGAGAGCCUUCCAGGUAACAGCGGUAAAACCGAAAUAGAUAUCGAUGCCUUCAGGCACUACAACUUUUCUGAUCAACCCAAGUGCUCUCAGUACAUCUCUGGACUCAUGAGCAUUCACUUUUAUGGUGCUGAAGACUUAAAACCACCAAGAAUCGACUCAAAAGAUGUCUUUUGUGCAAUACAGGUUGACUCAGUAAACAAAGCAAGAACAGCCCUGCUUACGUGCAGGACAACAUUUCUGGAUAUGGACCACACGUUCAACAUAGAAAUCGAAAAUGCUCAGCACUUAAAGCUGGUGGUGUUCAGCUGGGAACCCACCCCACGGAAAAACCGGGUGUGUUGUCAUGGGACUGUGGCGCUUCCCACUCUCUUCCGGGUGACGAAAACGCAUCAGCUGGCUGUCAAACUGGAGCCCAGGGGGCUCAUUUAUGUCAAGCUGUCCCUCAUGGAGCAGUGGGAGAACUCUCUUGACGGUCUUGAUGCAGAUCGGGAGCCUGUGAUGUUUGGGGUAGAGGCUCGAAAAGUUGUGGAGAAGGAAAAUGCGGGCUUGAUGGUUCCACUUCUGAUGCAGAAAUGCAUUCUGGAGAUUGAGAAGAGAGGCUGUCAGGUGGUGGGCCUGUACCGGCUGUGUGGCUCGGCAGCGGUUAAGAAAGAGCUUCGGGAGGCGUUUGAGAGGGACAGCAAGGCCGUGACGCUGUGCGAGAGCCAGUACCCGGACAUUAAUGUCAUAACCGGUGUCCUCAAGGACUAUCUGCGGGAGCUGCCGUCUCCCUUGAUAACCAAGCAGCUCUACGAAGCUGUGCUGGAUGCCAUGGUGAAAAACCCCUUGAGGAUGACGGGGAGCGGCUGUGAGAACGACGCGAGUGACUCCGAGCACACCGCAGCCCUCCUGGACUGCCUGCCCGAUGUUGAGAAGGCUACUCUGAAGAUGCUGUUGGAUCACCUGAAGCUGGUGGCUUCUUACCACGAAGUGAAUAAGAUGACGUGCCAGAAUUUGGCUGUGUGUUUUGGGCCCGUGUUACUGAGCCAGAGGCAGGAGACCACCAACCAUAACAACAGAGUCUUCACAGAUUCAGAGGAGCUUGCUAGUGCCCUGGACUUCAAAAAACAUAUAGAGGUUCUCCACUAUUUACUCCAGCUGUGGCCAGUCCAUCCCUCACCUGCCAAAGAGCCAGCACAUCCGGAUGCGUUUCCCGAGCACCCAUCCUCCCUCAAUUACCUGAGACCCAAGAGGCAGAGACCUCAGAUGCUGAACCUGAGUGGUACCGAGAUGUGUGGCGUGCUCAGACCAAGGCCGGCAGGGCUGGACAGCCCCUCGAGCAACCGCUACGCCGGAGACUGGAGUGGCUGUGGGGAAAACUACUUCCUGAGCCCCAAGGACUGCCUGGGCGAAGCAGACUACGAUGACGUCCCCUCGGAGGACACGGAGAGCGGGGAUGACAGCAGCAGAGCCGAGGAGCCGGACGCCCCGGUGAGGCUCCCGCCGCCCAUCCCCAGAGAGCGCGCGUUUCAGAGCUACCUGACAAUGCAAGCCAUAGAUUCUGCGGUGGAUCACCGAGCAAACCUCAAGGACCUGCAGGAAAGCAUUGACACUCUGAUAGGAAACCUGGAAAGGGAACUCAACAAAAACAAGCUAAAUAUGAGUUAUUAA